AUGGCGGGGUUGGCUCCAGGAGACCCGCAGCUGGUCUCGAUGAUCGUGAACCAUCUCAAAACACAGGGUUUGUUUGACCAGUUUCGCAGGGAGUGCUUGGCAGACGUGGAUACCAAGCCUGCUUACUUAAACCUCAAGCAAAGAGUGGACAACUUUGUCUCAAAUCACCUUUCCAACCACACAUGGAGCCCACAGUUGAACAAGAAUCAGCUGAGGAACAACAUUCGUCAGCUGGUUUUGCAGUCUGGGAUGCUGGAGCAGGGUGUGGACAGAAUUGUGGCCCAAGUGGUUGAUCCAAAAAUCAAUCACAUCUUCCGGCCGCAGGUGGAGAGGGUAGUCCGGCAGUUUCUGGAGCCUGGAAGUUGUGUGGAUGAACCCGAUGUCCUGCCCUCAGCCACAGAACCGACAACCCUUGAGCAGGCUACCGCGCCUUUCCCCCCAACGGACAAGGAGGCCACAGCAAUCUUGGACACCAUCACUAAUUUGAGCCAGGAGGUGAAAGUUAAGGGACCCAAAGCCGAACCAUCAGAGGAACCAAUGGACAUAGACGCAAAUGAUAAGGACUCCAGUCGUGUGGAGGACGAGGAAAGCAUUCAAGUUAAGACGCAAGCAGGCCCCGAUAGAGACAUGGAUAAAGAAAAGCUGACGUCCAAAGUCCAAGAUCCAGAGCUGAAGAGUGAGAAUAAUGCGCAGCCUGGGAAUGACAAAGAGGAGGUGAAAGAAGAGAUGAAGAUGGAGGAGGAUGUGUCUGAUGGUCACAACGAAACAAUGGAGGAAAAGGACAAAUCCACGACCAAAGCGGCUGCCAAGAUGUCUGCAGAGAAACAAGACGAAGAGCAGAAGUCCUCCACUCAAGCCAAACAGAAAGCCAGAGAGAGGAUUAAAGAGGAAUAUUCCUUGGAGGACUCGGAUCUGGACGGGCUGAGUGACAUCACAGUGAGCUCUGUCCACACCAGUGACCUGUCGUCUUUUGAAGACGAAAGUGACGACGGACAAACGCCCUCCGAUUCCUCUGAAGAAGGAGAGAUCCAGGACGAUGAAAAUACAAACGAAGCCGGUGAGGAAGGAGAGGAAAAGCAGAAGCCUCGGAGAAAGGCCUAUGUGCACAAGCCCUUUCUGUAUUCUCGUUACUAUAGUGACUCUGAUGAUGAGGUCACGGUGGAGGAGCGCCGCCGAUCAGUGGCCAAGGACAAAGAGGAUAGAUUACUGAAGAGGCAACAAAACCGAGAGCGAAUGGAGGAGAGGCGUAAGCAGAAGGCCACACAGAAUGAAGAACAGAAUAAGAAAAAUUCAAAGAGCGCUGAUGCGACUGAGCAUCCACGAGCCAAGGAGGCAAGAAAAGAACAAAAGGUUCUGGAAAAGAAAAUGGCUUUAAACAGGAAGAGGAAGUUGGAUUCUAGGAAAGAGGAAGAUGUAACAAGCAAGAAGAAAGAAACUGGAGAAGGCGCAAAGAAAGUUGAGGUGAAGCCCGCCUCUUCCAAAACCCUACAGCAGAAGCUCUCGAGGCGCAUGUCGGAGUCUGCUUCUUCCGACGAGAAAAGCCGGCGUGCAAGCGGCAGUGUUCCGGAGGAAGCCGAGCCAAAAAAGACCAGCGAUAAAAACCGCAUGCACUCCUUCAUACUGGAGUUGGAGCAAGGGUCGCAAGAAGCCCUCAAGUAUCGCUCCGUAAGCAAAUUUGACCGUCCGUCCCGCAAAGAGCUUGUUUUGAAAGAACGCAAGGAAAAGGACCGGCAUCAGUCCAACCAGCGGCCUAAACUCAAACAGAAGCAAGCAGAUCCUGAGACUGCCCAAAAGGAAAGCACGUCUGUAAAGGAAGAUAAGAAGGCAAGAAACAAAACUGAAAAGAGAAUUGAAAAAGACACAGCAGAGGUGAGCUCUAAAGAAGUAAAGAAAGUCAAAGUCUCAUCAGCGGAGCACAAAUCUGAAAAAGAGAAAAUUCGGGAAAAGGAUAAAGAUAAAGCAAAAGUGGAGAAAGCUAAAGUCUUGGAUACAAAACAGCUGGUUCGUCUAGAGUCUGGCGGGUCCUCUGAAGACAAAUCUGACCUGGAUCCAGUCUCAGAUGUCAACAAAAAGAAAGACAAGCAUCCCAAAGAGGUCCUGAAGCGAAUGAAGAGUCAUUCUGAUGAAAAAACUAAAUCCAAAGAUGCUGAAAAGGAAAAGGCUAAAACGAGUGAUCCACAGAAAUCCACCAAAUCGGCACACGAAAGUGAGAAGGAUUCCAAAAAGUCCAAAAUUGCAGAGAAGGACAAAAGUAAGGCGAAAUCCAAAGAAGAUUGUAAAAAUCUUUCCAAAAUUGACAAGAGAACGCCUAGUGUAUCAGCAAGUUCACCCAAUAUCAAAGCAGAUGCAACAAAGGAGAAGAAAAAAAUGGAAGGCAAAAAGGAACAGAGGAAAGAGGACAAGCUUGAAGUGAAAAGUUUGAAAAAGAAAACGGAUAAAAGGGAUGUUGAGGACAAAGACGACAACCGAAAAGAAAAAUCCUCCAAACUGGAAAAGGAAACAAAGUCAGAGGAGAAGAAGAAAACACCUGUUACUCCGGAGACAAACCCAGGUCUGAUCACCUCCACUGCCACUAUAUCAGACGAAACUACAAGCGACGUCACCCCAGAGCCGUCAGAAAGCGAAACAGACUCCAAGAUAUCAGCUGCUACCAUUCCAGCUGAGGCCGAUGCACUGCUCGCGCUCAUGAGCGUGUGCACAGCGGCGGACGCACGGCUACCGGCCCCCGUGGUUGUCGACGUGGCUCAACGGGAGGCGGAUAUGAAAGACAUGAAGGAGGCGGCGCUCACACUGCUCUCCAUGGAUCCAGAGAGUGCCACGUCUGGCCUGGUUGGACAAGCGGGAAAUUCAGGGACUGUAGAGAAGGAAGUGUCCCGUGCAGAGGAGGAAGUGAAACCAGAGAUCACUGAUUUGACAGAUGUUUCUGAACACAAGUCAACAGGAGCUCCACAAGAAGAGACGCCUCUUCAAGAUCAGGGUAUCGUACUUGUAAAAGAUGAGACGCCUGCACAGGAGGAAGAAGAAACAAAACACGCACCACUGCAGGAGGAUGUCACAGCAGUGGAGGCGAAACAAGACGCUGCACACGUUGAAGUGGUUGAAGAAAAAUCAGCUACAGAGGAGAGCACAAUGAAUACUUCCGAGCAAAAUGAUUAUGAGGCUGAGAAGAAAUCCGCAGAAGAGCAAAAGGAGACCACAGUCCAGAUGGACUUGGAUAAAAGUGCCAGUGAUGUUGAAACGAAGCAACAUGAGGAUGUACCAGCUGCACCUGAGCAAAGUGAACCACUCAUCAAGCCAGAUAUUGUUGAUCAGACUGAAAUGAAUGUGGGACUUGAAUCCAAACUACUAAAAGAACCCAGUCUUAUGUCCAGCACUGACAGUCAAGAAGAAAGGGACUCUGAAAAGGAGGAGAAAUCUUCGAGAAGAGGAAGACGCAAGCGGAAGUGUUCCACUCGUAACCUGUCUGAAUCUGGUGAUGGGAAAGAAAGUGAAAAGGAGGAAAAUGUAGAGGCCAAAACCCCAAGAAGAGGACGCUCAUCAAGGACAGAAGAGUCAGAGACGAGCGAAAAUAUUGAAACACCCACACGCAAAGGCAGACGCUCGGCCGCCACUGCCAAACUCACCACAGACGAUCCAUCAGAGGCUGUGGAGGAGGAUGUUGUGUCUGUCUCUGAAAAUCCAGAAAAGGAGAAACAGGUUGAAGGUGAAGCUGCAGAGUCGACUCCGGCUGAUGCAGUCGUCUCUGCAGCUGAACACAGUGGAAGCUCCGAAUCCUUCUCACAAAUCACUGAUGCCAACACAGUUCUUCCAGAUGAACCUCCACAACAUCAGCAGCAGCUCGCCGAAGACGUGCUCCAGGAAGCUGCUCCGCUGGUCCAAGAUGAUGCUGAGAAGGACACAGGAAUGGAGACAGAAGGCAAACAAGACACAGAACAACAGGAGGACACUGAAGACGAAAAACAAGAGGAACAGGAUACAGGCCCAAAGAGAUCCACGCGGAGAGGACGGCCGAAAGCAUCAACCGAGGAUUCAGACACAAAAGAGGAAGAUUCAGCCACGACUCCGUGCUCCCUCAUCAAGAAGGCCCAGCAGAGGAUGUACUUCCUGCGGCAGCUCAGGAAAGCCAAGCUGCCUGCACAGAUGUUGGUGCAGUUCUACACGGCCAUCAUCGAGUCCAUCCUCACCUCCUCCAUCACCGUGUGGUUCGCUGGAGCCACAGUCAGGGACAAACAGAGACUACAGCGCAUUGUGCGCUCUGCAGAGGAAGUGAUCGGCCGCAGCCUUCCAUCGCUGCAGGACCUCAGCAGCAGCGGUGGUGUUGGAGGUGGUGGUGGGACCAGGGGCCGUAAGCGGGAGAGCAGUCCCCCUGUGGUGCGGACGCGGGGGGCACAGAAAUCGGAGGAGCUCCCUUCUAAGCGGGCUAAGCGCUAA